AUGUCGACUAGAGACAAACAUUGGCGUUUCCAACCUUGUAACUUUUUUUGCAACCACCUCUUCUAUACAGCGGAAAGUGGCCCGUUUAGACCUUUUUUUAUAACGGAGGGAAAACCUAUUGCACCAAUAUGCAACAAGGAUCCAUACUCAGUCACCUCUACAGUAGAGGUAUUUCGAGAGACAACAACUGCCGAUUUGGCAAGAUUUACACGUUGUCCACUUUAUAGCCUCAUAACGAUGUAACAAAUGAAGCAACAUACUACAAUCGGUUGGAGAAACCCGAGAAAGAGGAAAGCAUCAUCUGCAAAGACUAGAUGAGAAAGGACGGGCACUGAUGAUUAAAUCGAACCUCCUUCAGAUCACGGCGAAUGAGAGCCUGAGAUAGCAUGGAUGUAAACCCUUUCGUACAAAUCACGAACAACAAAGGGGAGAGUGGAUCUCCUUAACGCAAUCCGCGGGUGGGUUGAAAAUACCCAUAAGAUAAGAAGUGCCAUUCUACAAGACCGACAUAGAUGUCUAGGAGACACAGUUGUAAAGUAAAUCAAUCGGACGUGGAGAAAAAUACCAAUUUUCGCAUCACACCAAACAGGAAGAGCCAUUGAAUCUGAUCAUAUGUCUUUUCCAUAUCCAAUUUAACGGCCAUAAACCUUUCUCGACCACUUGGCUUAUUAACACAUUAUUAAUAAUAGACCGGUCUUUUUCAAAAAUCCAUUCUGGAAUGUGCUAAACACCUCCAACAAGAUUGCACCUAGACGAUCAGUCAAUAUUUUCGAAAUGAUCUUGUAGAAUACUUGGCAAAGACCAAUUGACCUUAACUGAGCACAAGUUUCCACAUUGACCAUCUUAGGUAGAAGAGUUAACCAAGUAUGGUUAUAUGAAUCUUACAAACAAAGGAUUUAACAGCCGAACAAACAUCAGCACCCACAAUAUCCCAAAAAUACUGGAAGCCGUAAACCCAUCAGAUCCCGGGCCUUACAUUAAUACAAAGACGCCCCAAAUUUCAGCAGUUAAAAAUAGCCCAUCAACGGGCCCAACCGGAUGGAAGGUUUAACUACUCUCAGGGAACAGUAACUAUAUAUUUUAUAUUAAACUAUUAAUAAUUAACGUAUUUGUUGGUCACUCCAAUCCAAUCUCAGGCAACACAGGUAAAUAGACGGAACCCUAACCAGAGGGGCGCGAAUCCAUUAUCAAAUCACCUGGAAGCUCUCCGAUCAUCGGCGCAGCUCCAUAGUCUCUGGGCGGAGCUCAGAGGUUCAAUAACGGAAACAAGGUCUUUCCCCAAUUCAAUUAAGAGAUGCCGCCGAAGCAGGCCUCAAAAGCCGACCUGGCGAAGAAGCAGAAGAUUGUAGAAGACAAGACAUUCGGGCUGAAAAACAAGAACAAGAGCAAAAAUGUUCAGAAAUACGUUCAGAGUCUCAAGCAAUCCGUGCAGCCGAAAGUUGACCCAAGCAAACUCGCUUCUAAGAAGAAGAAAGAGGAAGAAAAGGCCAAAGAGAAGGAGUUAAGCGAAUUGUUCAAGAUUGCUGUAAGCCAGCCCAAGGUUCCUCCUGGCGUUGAUCCAAAGUCUAUUUUGUGUGAGUUCUUCAAAGUGGGGCAGUGCACAAAGGGCUUCAAAUGCAAGUUCUCCCACGAUCUCAAUAUCCAAAGGAAAGGGGAAAAAAUUGAUAUCUACAGUGAUAAGCGUGAUGAAGAUACGAUGGACGAUUGGGAUCAAGAGACUCUGGAGAAGGUUGUAGCAUCAAAGAACAGCGAGUAUAAUCAGAACAAACCUACUGAUAUUGUAUGCAAACACUUCCUGGAUGCUGUAGAGAAGAAACAAUAUGGAUGGUUUUGGGUCUGUCCAAAUGGUGGUAAAGAAUGCCAUUACCGCCAUGCUCUUCCUCCAGGGUAUAUCUUAAAAUCUCAAAUGAAGGCUCUACUUGAUGAAGAGUCUGAAAAGUUGCCCAUUGAGGAGGAAAUUGAGAAUCAGCGUGCUAAAGUUGCAACUACAACCCCCAUGACCCCCGACUUGUUCAUGCAAUGGAAACAAAAGAAGAUGGAUGAAAGGGAUGCUAGUUUGGAUGCACUUAGAGCAGAGAGGGCUAAGAAUGAUCGGAUGAGUGGGCGAGAACUAUUUCUGUCUGAUGCUAGCUUGUUUGUGGAUGAUGCUGAGGCAUAUGACAAAUACCAAAGGGAUGAAGAGCCUGAUGCUACUACUGAAACAAAGACUCAGAGCAGCCAGAAUUCUGAAACUCAGGGGCCAAGCACUUCAGCACAAGCUGAUGGAGAUGACGAUGACGAUGAUGAUGUUCUGCUUGACGAUGAUGACGAUGAUGAGCUGGACCUAGAUGAACUCAAUGAGCUGGAAGCUAGCUUGGCGAAAACAUCGAUCAAAAUCCAAGAGCCGGGUGAUGCGAAAUGAAUCGAAUAAGGGUGGUAGACCCUGCAGUCUGCAUUGCCUCUCUGAGAUGUUUAUUUUCUCUCUACUUUUUUUUGCCUCAGUUCUGCAUUUGGGUUUGAGAAUGUGAAGCGGUAAGGGCCAAUUUUUAUUAUUAUUAGCUAUUGCGACAGACUAGAAAGAGUUGUGAAAAGUGAGUCCAGAGGCCAAGUACCAGCAUAAGAUGAUGGUGGAGAUCCACAUCAGUGUUAAGUUAUGUGCGCUAUGCCUGCUUUAGUACUUGAUGGGAGUGGCGGGUGGCGUACUUUUCACUGGAGUUUCGGUGGUUUAGUACACUUUAGUGCUACUUUUUGAGGGAGGUUGCUGAAAUUAAAAUGCGUUAAGUGGUGUUGAGUUUAGUGGCAAUAGUAAACGUGGUUGAUGACUUUAGUUACGACAUUAUGUUUUUUACCCGAACAAGGUCAUCGUUAUUACAGAUUACAGUAGUGAUUGGGGGUUGGGAGGGCCUCUAGGUUGAGGGUUUAUAGACUUUCUAAUGUUCUUAUCUCUUUUAUCAUUACAUAGACAGUUGCAUAUAUUGCACUUCUGGGGAUUUUUCCAAUAAUAAUACCUUUAAAAAAAAAUUACAAAACUAGCACCCAUCCGAAAAAAUUGAUAGAAAUAGCACCAAUUUUAUUGGAACGCACCCCCUAAGGUGCGUUUUACUUAUAAAACACACCAUAGGAGUGUGUUCCAAGCCACGUCAGCACACGAAACGCACUAGGAAGGUGCGGUUUACAUAUUCUGCGGAACGGUCUUCAAGACCGUUGGAUGGAGGAGCGAUCGGAGGGCUGAACGCGCGCCAGUGGAGCGAUCCGCGCCACGGAUUGGGGAACGCACGCCCGAGAUGUGGUCAAACCUGGGGAAGCACAAACCGCCUCGGGAGGGCGCAGUUUCUCUUUGGGCAAAAUUACCCGACCACCCCUGGAGGGUGCGAUCUGUUGGGUAUAAAUACCCCUUCCCCUCUCAUUUCUUCACACCACAACCCAUUCUUCCUUCUCUCUAGAAUUUAUCUCUCUAAACCCUCCCCUCCCAAAAGCCUAGGAAAUAAUGGUCUGUUGGUUGCAGCUAAGUCCGAUCUGCCAUCAGAAAACAUUUCUUAGGUUUUUUCCUCAAAACCCGCCGAGCCGAAUCUCUGUCCGAAUUUUGGUUUUUUCCUCAAAACCAGCCGAGCCGAAGCUCUGUCCGAAUUUGCCGAAAAAAUGGCCGAUUGGUGGCAAGGAGAGGGAGUUUAUGUUGAUGAAUUUCAAGCGGUACGUACUCAUUAUUCUGGUUUAAUUUUUGUUGUUGUUAUAAGCUUUUUAAUUAAUCUAUGUACUAACAUCGUUGUUAUUUUCUCGUAGGUUGGGGAGGACGUGGAUAUAUACAACCAACGGUAUUAUCUCGAGCAAGGACCGUUGGAUCCAACCGACUUGUACGACCAACCCAACCAUCGGUCAAGGGAUGUUUGGAACGCUCACCCGGUACAUACAAUUCUUUACCAUUUGUCCUUCUUUUAUUUUGUUAAUAUAUUUAGUGGAAUAUAAAAUAAAUUUAUGU